GAGGCUUAUCUAAGUCUAAUGAUUUUGGUGUAGCGGCUGAUGCGAUAUGAGUACUACUCGUGUCGCUCACAUGUAAACAAUCAGCUGACAGCUGAUCAAGUCUGGUUCCCCAUCCACACUGUGAAGAGUUCCGCCCCCCUCUGCCUUAAAUAUCUUGUGUUUUUACUUUGGUCAAGAUGUUUUCGCUCUGCUGAUGAAGCAAAUUGUUCUCAUGAUUUAAUGGAAAGUGCUUAUCCUAUUUCUGGGAGAAACUCGACGCUAUCGCCUGACUGUUAACUAGGAGUAUACUACCUAAGGUACUACCUAGCCUCUUUUGAGGGGGCGGACCCGAAGUGCUUAUGGCGGGUGAUACUACUAUAGAUUAUGAUGAAAACAGCCACAGGGGGCGUGUGAUGGUAAUUGCUUCAUAGCAAAGAAAGAUAAAGGAAAGGAGAACGCAUUUUCGAGAAGUUUGGCAGCAAGGAGGUUUUCGCGCCACUGUUGGAGGCACCUAUGUUCGUGGUUGUUCCAGAAUCGUCGGGCGUGCUGUGGAGUGCAAAAACGCGCCAAUAUUACGGGAGAAACGCCCGCGAUUUUCUGAUGCAUGCACCUUGUCUAGAUUCAUCUAAGAAGUUCUAGAAAUCCCUGGAGUCGGUGACGUUCGCCGUAGGCUCCGCCCCCAGAGUGCUGUAUAAAUACGACGAACGAACUUUGGAGAGCAGUGAUCGUAGAAGAGAGAGAGAGAUCGUAAAAGAGAGAUCACCAGUUAGUCACAGAGAGCCACAGAUCAGAUUAUCAGUGAGAGAUCAGCAGCAGCAGAAAUCUUCCGUGAGAUACGAGAAAAAGGAACCGACGAAGUAUCAAUCAGAAGAAGAUUUGUUCGAGAGUUGGUUGGCUAUUGGUCUAGUCGUCUUCAGGUGUGGUCUACCGUGUUAUCUCGACGUCGGGCAGACUUCAGAGAAGAAAAGGUCCUGUUACAGGUGUUGAGGAAUUCCUGCCUUACAAGAAGAUUAGCUUCUGCAAUACGGAGUCAAGAGGACGUCCUCAAUCGCCGAUCCACAUUUAUGAAGCCACCUCUACGAAGUGCCAAACUGUUUAGCAAAGGCUGUGGCAGAAUAUGAACUUCGACGGUAUAAUAGCAUUGUUGAACAACAUGGUGACCAGUUGGAAGAAAUCAUUGAAGCCCUUGGGCCUCAUCCUCUUCCUCUUUGGGAUAUGUUUUCUGAUCCAGUCUCUCUCAAUUUAAUGCCCAAUGAGAAUACCUCUCUGGUUCAGCUGGUCCAAUGUGACAACAAGAUUGUUAACAAAGUGGUUUUAGCUCUUAGUUCACUUUGCUCUGAAAUGUCACAGUUAGUUAAUGAAGCACGGACUGAUCUCUAUCCAGUUGUUGUUUUGUAUGGAAGUGGAGUCAAAGAUGAUGGGGAAGCAACAGGAGAUUCACAGACUUCUCUUGCUCAUAUACUUCCAACUCUUCAUCAUAUUACCUGCUUUGUAAAACGUGUCCAGAAAGUUGUUCAGAAUCUGAUGUAUCAGAUGGCUUCCCUUUAUCCAGCAGACCGGAAGAGUCAUGGACUAUUGGAUGUUUCAGGGGUCCAUUUUCAGGCUGUGUAUGAACAUUUAGGAUCCCUCUUUGGUACUCUGAUAACCCUGGAUGAAGUAGUUUUGGGUAAUUCAUUCUUGCACGAGCAUUGGGGUGCAUAUCGACGUCUUGUCCGUUCUGCUGGCUCUGAUGAGCAGAGGUUUGGAUAUGAUAGAGCCAGUUUAGCACCGCUGGAAAAAAUGCUGAAUGAUAUUGAUAGCCUGGUUAUGCAAGGAUCAAUGUUUAUGUCACUGCUACGUCACCCAUAUGACAGAGAUGAAGUUUUAGUAACCAGGAAUGGUGUCCUCAGAGAAGAAAUAUUGAAUGUUAUUCUUGGUUGGUGUGCUCAGUUGGAACAGAGUGGUGGGGAAGGAUGGUGGUGUGAUUUCCAGCCGCAGGUUGUUGGUGUUACUGGCUUGAUCAUCUUUCAUCAUUCUAUUUUUAAUUGUCAAGAUAAAAGAGUUGCCAAGGCUUUGGUCAGCAUUUAUAAGAAGAUUCCUUGCAUAACACUGACAGCUUCUGUGGUUUGGCUUGGUGAGAGGUACAUAGCUACAGUUGCACCUCCUUUAAAUCAGCUGUUUGACCGUAAAACUCAAGAUAUGCUGUUAGCUCACCGGACCAAUCAUUUAGCUCAGAAAGUCCAGACUGUAGCAAAAGAAGCCCAACUUGUUAAUUUACAGGUUUGUGGCUGGGCAGUCAAUCUGGAUGCAGCUUCUAAAAAACACUCUAGCCAGAUGAAAAAUCAAGACCUUAGUCAACGAGCAUCUCUGUUGUUACAGGGUAUGAUUCUAGCACAUACUGUAAAAUACAGCAUUGAAACAAUUUUGAACCUCCACACAACUUUAGGACGGCCAAUGGGUAAAGCUUGUGCCUUAAGUGUGUGCUGUUUAAUAGAAUCUCUGAAGGCUAUUGAAAAUACCUACAACCACCAUAAAACACUUCUGGCAGAAUCUUUACCUCAUGUGAUUCAGUACCUUACCUGCCAGGUGCUCACUAUUGUCACUGCUGCCAAGGCACGAGUCUCAACUACUCGUUUAGAUGGUCGAAGGCUGGAUAUCUUCAUGGCUUUGUCUUUAGUUGAGCAGAUGCUGGCUGGAUCUGGAACAAUGGAAAGACGUUUAGUAAUGCGCAUUGCAUUUGCUCUGGCUAAUCAAGCCAAAGCUUUAAGGGAAGAAGAUAUUUCAACAUUACUUAUUCUUUUGAGACGCUUGGACUUAGCCUGUGAAGUUCAGACCCGUGUGAAAGAUGCCACAAAUUGUUCAUUGCUGUAUCAUCAUCGGGUAAUUUUACCCACCUACUUUGAAAAUUUCAUUCAAAGCGCAGAUCAUGUGCAUCAUAUUCAUUUCAUGAUGGCUGCUAUUCAGGAUUGCUCAGUGCCUCUUGUGAAGUGCAUUCACCAUUCUGAACCUAAUUAUUUGUUGAAGCAGUUCAAAGAUGAAGUUUAUAAACAUUUCAAAGAAACAGUUCUAGACAGGCUUUGUCAGGCAGUAGAAACAGAGCUGAGACUCAGCACUCACACCCACCUUCAACUUGAUAAUCGGAACCCUUAUCACAAACCUCUGAAAGAUAUAUCUCCAGUUCUGCACAUGCAACCAAUUACUCUUCUUUCAUGUGUCAUUUCUGUAAAAGAUUAUGUUGAGCAGUACUUGGAGAGGACUUUCUAUGCCUUGACCGUUGUGGCUCCUCAUGAUUGGAGAACAUACGAAGAGAUGCGAAAUCUGGCUGCCUCCAAGUAUAACUUGUUUACUGUUCCCUCUCAUUUACCUUCACACACACUUGAACAGGGUGUUGAUGUACUGGAAAUAAUGCGCAAUAUUCACAUCUUUGUUCAGCACUAUCUUUACAAUCUCAAUCAACAGUUCUUUGUUGAAGCCGCAAGUAACAACAAGCAUGUUAAUACAGUCACUAUAAAGCAUAUAGCCAACUCUAUUCGGACACAUGGAGCUGGUAUCAUCAAUACAACAGUCAACUUCACAUAUCAGUUUCUACGGAAGAAAUUCCAUGUUUUUUCACAAUUCCUUUAUGAUGAACACAUUAAAUCUCGCUUACUGAAAGACCUACAGCACUGGAGAGAGGUUAAAGUUAACCAGGAACAUUUCCCUUAUGACCGUGCAGAGAAAUUCAACAAAGGGAUUAGGAAACUAGGAUUGACACCUGAUGGUUUUUCAUACCUUGAUCAGUUUAGAGGUCUUAUUACUCAUAUAGGUAAUGCUAUGGGAUAUGUCCGUUUAGUGCGCUCAGGAGGCCUUCAUUGCUCCAGCAAUGCAGCGCGAUUCAUCCCAGAUCUUCAAGAUGUUAUCAGUUUCAGCCAAUUAUGUGAAGAUUGUGAGGUGUCUCCAGAAACUUAUAAAGCAGCUGAAAAUCUGGAUGCUGUUAUAAAUAAUUUAACUAGAAACUUUCAUCAGGAUGCAGAUUAUUUCAAGCUUCUGGUAGAUGUUUUUGCACCUGCUCUACGGGAUAACAAGAAUAGUCACCUUCGAAAUUUUUACCUGAUCAUCCCUCCUCUCACUAUCAAUUUUGUUGAACAUUCGGUAGCAGCUAAAGACAAUCUAAAUAAGAAAAAUAAGGCAGGUGCAGCAUUCACUGAUGAUGGAUUAGCAAUGGGAAUAGCUUACUUGCUGAAAGUUCUUGACCAGAAUGCAGCAUUUGAUUCUCUUCAUUGGUGGUCAGGAGUUCGUAGAAGGUACAUCAGUGAACGUGAAAAGGUUGAAAAGCAGAAACAGUCUGGAAGUGGAGUUGAUGAUAAACUUCAGCAAACGUUGUCACUCACACUCUCACGUCUUCAACAGUACCAGCAAGAGUUUGAACUUUUAUACCUAAGUAUAAGUAGUGCAUGUGUCUUCUUUCGAGGAGAUUGGGCUUCUUCAUUGUCAAGUGAUGCUUCUUCUAGUGAUACCCAGUCUGUAACAAGUGCAUCAAGCAACAAAGAAAAAUCAUCUGAAAAGGCUUUGGAGAACAAUGGACAAUAGUUAUUAUGGAUUUUGAGACACAUUUUGUUCAUUUAGCAUUUAAUAACUCCUGUCUAUUGCUAAGUGUGAAUGUUGUCCUAUGUUAUUUAUUUUUGGCAUCAUCUGUGUGGGGGUUACAGACAUGAUUCAAUUAAAAAUUCUCAAGAGGAAAUUCUCAAGAGGAGCUUUAGGAAAUUAAUACAUACAAUAUGAUUAAGGAAAUAUUGCAAGGAUAAAUUUUUAAAAUGCUUUGAGUGAAUAUAUUUAAUUUUGUAUAUUUUCUUGUUGAGUUCCUCUCAACUGUCAAAAGAAGGAUGCUGUGUAGUAUUGCAGUUUCUGAGCUAUUAAGAUGUCAUAUUUCUAAUUAAGACGUAUUCAGUAUUUGAUCAGUAAGUUUACAUCUUGCUGGUAAAAAUGUGUUUUUCAGGCUUAUUAUUCUCAUUGUAGUCAUAUACCUGAAGUCAUGGCAGAUCAUUCUAUUCUCAAUAACUGUAAUCUAGGGAUUUUUGCAUGACACUUGGAAUUGGUCUGUUUCCUUUCUUUUCUGUCUCCAAAAACAAAGGUAUGGAUAUGGGACAAUAAUGCAGAGAGAUAUUUUGUUCAUUGAUGUAUGAGGCUUGGCAUGAAAUGUGAAGUUUCUAAGAAGGAACCAGUUGGCAAACAUGAAUAAGGAGAGAAAGUUGCAUGCUUUUUAGUCCAUCCUUGGGUUAGGUUAGGAAGGCACAUCAUCUUCAGGACAACAGCAUAGAGUAGGACACGGGAAUGCUACAGCUGUAAGUACUUGGUCAUAAAUUUAGGAGAGACCCAAGUCAUUCAGAGCAUUUACAGAAAUACAUAGAUGCAUGGAUUUGGUUUGUGAAUAGUCUCAGAUAGAGCUUAGCAAGACUUAAUUUAAGGUGUCCUUUAAUUUAACUUGGUUCAGCAGAGGUGACAUACCAAGGGGAUGAAAAUAAUUAUAUGUAUAUAGUUUGGCAGAAUAAGGAAAACAAAGGUCUUUCCAGGUGUUUAAAUGACUCCUUUAUUUUUCUGAAUCUUAAAACUUUCAUGUGAUACCACUAAAAGGUAAUCCCACCGUUAAAAUGAAUACAUAGUUUAAGCCAGGAAGCAAAGAAAACAUAGCUUCCUUCAUGAUGCAAGACUGGAUAAAUCAGGUUUACUUUGAUGCAAUCCCUUCAUUUUACCACCUCCAUUUUAUUUAAACUACUGUCACUUGGAGAUUCCAAGGAAGAGAUUUGCUAAACCUGUAGGACUUUUUCCUUCCUCAGAAGUAUUUGGUUCUUCAGAAUGGAGAAUAAAGACCAGGUUAAUGAAUGUUUGGGAUUUAGGGAUAACUUUACAGUUUUAUGAAGCUAGAAUAUUGGACCUAAGAUUUGUCUUUAACAAGGGCUCCCUCUUCUGCAUUGGGAUAGCAGGGUUAAAUCCAAUAGCAUCAGCUUUUUUUAUGUAAAAUAAGACCUAGAUUUUGUAUAACACAAUUGUCUUCAGGAAGAUACAGAUGACUGCACUGUUAUUGAUUUCAUGCAAUUUUCCAGCUUAGGUUUCUGGCAAAGUUUUAAAUCUUGUGGAAGAUAUUAGAAUCUAUCUUAGGAGACAAUGUAAUGAGACAUUUAGAAUUACAGUCUAGUUAAGACAGCUGGCAUGAAAUUUGAAAUGGAAGAUUAUGCUUGACCAAUCAUUUAGACUUCUUAGACACAUUUAGAAUAUACAUUAAAACCAAACCAAUAGAUAUACCAUAAGCCAUGGAUAUAUCCUCUCUGGAUUUCUUGAAGGCAUUUGCCAAGGUGCCACCUGAAAGAAUAAUGAUAGAAGUAAGGAGUAAUGGCAUUACAGAUGAAAUUUAAGAUAGCAGUUUACAGUAGUGGGAUAUCUUCUGGUUAGCAAAAAGUAACCAGCAGUGACCCUCUGUGUUUGGGACUGGGAUCUUUGGUCUUCAGUAUCAAAAUAGAUAAAAUGGACUUCGGGAUGGUCAGCAAAAUAAGCACAUACGUUGGUAACACAAAAAAUGAAUGUCAGUGCUGAUACCAAUGUAGCAGUAAGACAUUCACAAGAAGACUUGGAAAAAAUGGGAAUGGUCAGUAAAAUAGUUGUUUUUAUACUUGGAAAAAUUAGGAGAGUUGUAAUCAAGAGAAAGAUUCAAGAGUCUUCAUUUCAAGUGAUAUACAGCACUCAUAGGUAAUGUUGGGCCUUAUUUGAAGUGAGUGCCCUGUCUAUUUCUGAGUGCAUAACACAGGAAGACAAAAACAUUAAAGCCAUAUAGGGAAGAACAACCAGACUAGUACCAGCAGUUAGGUACAUUGUGUAUCAAAGGAGUCUGGAGUGCCACAAGCUGCAUUCUAAUGAAAAGAGGCUGUUAACUCUGUGAUAUCAAGAGGGAGGUUCUAAAAUUUCUGUGACAAAGCACACAUUGACCAAUUAUGGGCAAAUGUUUAUCUUUAAUUGCUCACUGUGAAUUUAAUUUUCAUGUUAUAAAGUUAUUGUUGGCAUCAUAUUGAAUCUGAAUAUAUGUACCUUAUGUUUAAAAAUGGAAAAAGCAUAAAGAAAAAGUCAUAAUUACAUGAAGUUCACUGAAAAUUCAAGUGGAUGACAUCAUUGGAAUCUCAAGGAUUGGGAAUAGGAUGACAUCAUUGGGGUCUCAGAGGGUUAAGACAUCAUUGAUAGACAGACACAUUCUAGGUAUAAGUAAAAUCCAUAGAAUACAUGUAUUUAUUUACCUUGAAUAAUUACCAGCAUAGAUCUUGAAUUCAGUUAAUAACUACUUGAACUAAAAAUGUUCCGCAUCAUUCACUGCAGGAACUUCUUCACUUAUAAGAUAAACUCAUUCUGGAACACACUGCCUGCUGAGGUUUUGAAUAGUACCAUAAAUGGUCUCAUGCAGAUUAGACAGUGUUUGACACAUUUGUGUGAUGUUUCUCUUUAGAUUGACUUAUGAAAGUCUUGUAAGACACCUGUACCUAUCCUAUGUAACUCUAUGUAACAUGGAACCUGCUAUUAGAAUAAAGCUCUCUCUCUCUCUCUCUCUCUCUCUCUCUCUCUCUCUCUCUCUCUCUCUCUCUCUCUCUCUCUCUCUCCAUACUUAUUAUGUUUUAUUAGACUUUAUAAAACAGUAUCCACCCACACCAAUCUUAAAACACGUGCAGGAGGAUUAGUAUGGGGAUAGAGCAGAGAACCAUAUGGAUGAUAUCCGCAAAAAAGAAUUUGCAAAAUUUUUACAAAAUGUGGCAGAUGCUGGCAGUCUGUAUCAAAUAUUUUUGGAUAAGGUAUGGAUAUUCUUUGAUCUUUACUGUAUGUUCCUAGGGUUCAGAAACAUUUGAUUCUUGGGUAUCCUAACUCCUCAUGUUUUCUUAAAUGUCUGAAUGGAGUAAACCGAAAUGGAUUUGUGGGUGAAUAAUGACCUAUAUUCUGCAAGAACUAUAUGAUGGAAUGGACAAUCACACAAAUGACCUCCACUUGAUAACUUAUCUAAGGAAUCUAGAAAAUAGCAGUUGUUACUUGGCAAGGUGGCAAUAGGCUGCUUUAUUGAACUGGAGAAAAGUACACCUGUAUUGGUCUUAAGCCUUAUGCUAUGGAAUUAUAGUAUAGUGAAACUUUUAUAUCCAUGGCAGGGAAAAAUAAGACGUCUCAGAAUAAUUACUGCAUCCUGAGUUAUGCAACCAAGCAUGGAAUACUUAUUUCACACCAAUGGUGGACCUCUUUGUGAAUGCCAUGAACAAUAAACCUACAAUGAAUUUUAGCAUUUUUUGAAGGGGAAUACUUUUAUUCACCAGUAGGCCAACAUGAAAGUUUGCCUUCCAUCCAUUAAUCUGUUAAACAUAUUGAUCAUCCAAGUAUUGUUCUUCUCCAGAAUACUGAAAGUAACCUUUAUGUGGCCAGUGUGGCUCCACCAGGAUUGUUUUAUUGAUUUACAACCUCUUCUUACCAACUUCUUCAAAGAACUUGUAACUUUGGUCAAGCCACUGUCAGCCUUACAACAGUAGAUUUUAGCAGAAUUUUUAUGCAUGGGGUUAUCAAGUGAUCUCUAUUGCAAAGAAUUUCUCAAGCAGAAGCAAGCAGAAUUUCUAGAUGUUACAAGUAAACUACCAUGGACCUAUAUCAAGGGAAGUGAGCCAUUUACAAUUGUAACUGAAGUGGCUUCAUUCCACUCUUUGCCACUACCUCCAUUUUAGCAGAUUUCCUUAUUUACAUUAUGAACAGAAGAGGGCUUCUAUCUCAGUCAUUACUGGAUAUGUAUAGAAAAGCAGUCUCGGGGUGUUUUACCCUUAAGUAUUUUAUAUCACAAAAUUGGUAAACCUAAAGGAAUUUUAUUAUUAGCUUAUUCAAUGGAGUUACCUUGUUUGGUAAUCUAUCAAAAUAGGACUUAACUUGAGUAUUCCCCAGUUCAAAGAGAGAGGCAUAUGAGUGAAAAUGUGUAUUUGUCAAGGAUCUCUUGCAGGACAGUACUAUUCAUGAAUAGUUUACAAAGGCUGUUAUCAGAGGUAAUUUGUGCAAGAAAUGGAUUACCCUUAUGCUUGGCAAAGAACAUUUCCAAGUAAAGGGGAAGGCACGAUGAUCAUCCUUUGUUAAUUCUGUUAUGAGGAACCCUUUGCAGAAGGAUGAGGGACCCACUCAGCUGUAUCUGGUAAGUUAUUGGCAGAGGCAUGAAGAUGAAAUCAUGCUGACUCUACAAUUCAGAAUUCUUCAUAGGAGGAUUGCAAAAGAUAUGUUUAUUUUUCUUUUUUUAUUUUUAAGGAAAAGAUUAUUCUUAGAGUAGGGCUGUGUUCUUAGUAAGGCCAGUGUGCACAAUCACUUUUUUUUAUUAUUCAAAUGAUCAAAGAUUGUUCCACACUUUCCCUGAUGGGUCAAAUUUUGUGAGUAGACAGGUUGUUACUAACUAUCUUCACCUGUUUUACAUAUGUAUUUCAGUGCAAAUACUCACAAGUUCACAGCUAAUAUUUAUGUAAUAGCUCCUUGAUGAAUAAUCUGAACAUUGGGUAAAUAUAGGGCGAAUCUAUCAGAGAAUGUUAUAGGGAUAAUAAAGGAAGUUAUUCAAAUAAUUACCAUACAUCUAAUUGAGCUUUGGAUGUCCAUUACCAAUCAGAAGUACUCUUACUGGAUGGUAAAAGCUUAAGAGCUCAGAAUGUAUUCCCAAUUGUUACAUUGCAGUUUGGCACAAUUAGAGGUGGUAUUUAGAAAACAAAAUUGAUACUUUUGAUAUUUAAGUAUCUUCCUGCAUUUGUAUUAAAUUAGUAAUAACAGAAACCUGACUUUGUGCAGCAGUUUAGGUUGAUUGUAGCUGAUAUCUGUAAGGAUAUUUUUGUAUUGAGGGAUUCCAUGUUUUAACAUUUUUGUUGUUCAGAAAGUCUGCAAGACAGAAGAGACUGAAAAAGCUCAUUUCAUAUACAACCCCAUAAAGAUAUAGAUGUGAAUAUUCUGCAAAGUACCCAUAAAAAUUUUUAUUGCAAUGGCAUUAUUAUGAUAAACUUACUUUUUAUAAUAGCUGUUUAUAGUAGUGCACUAAAUAGCUGGAGACCUUUUUAUAGUUGCGGAACAUCUCCAUGUAGGUGUACUAUAUUAUUGUAAGCUAUGCCUAGUAUUUUAGAUGUAUAUAACUGUAAAAUAUGCAUAGUAUUUUGGUUAAAUUUUUACUUAUAGCAUAAAGAUGUAUUGUGUUGAUUUCAUAAACCAGCACUCUAAUUUGUACCACAAGAGAAAUUGGAGCAGCUCUGGAAUCACACUUCAAAACUGAGAUAUGUGAUGGGAAGUGUCUUACUGAGAGAAUUAAAUGUGCUCUGUGUUAGGUAAGUUUGAAUGAGAUCGUUAUCUUAUUUUAUGAUCUGAUUCUUGUUUAUUUUAUGAUGAAUUAAGAUGAAUGAAGUUUAUGUGGAAGAUAUCAAUUGAAUUUUUUUUUCAAAAUGUGAGAUUGAGUAGAAGGUAUUCUUUGCUGCUUUUGUAAUUUGGUCAUAUUACUUGAUCCUUGUGUCUAAAUAUUAUUUUUCAUUCAUAUCAUGCCAGUAUCAGCAGGUGCAGAACAGCUGUCUUUUCAUGUAAUUUGUCACUGAUACGGGUGUAUUCCUUAAAAUUUUUUUGUUUUCAUAGUGUUUGAAUGAAAUGUGGAAUAAUUAA